CAACAGACGAAACUAUCACGUCAGCGUCUCUUAAUCUCAAUCCCUUACUUCGUUUAGUGUUCUCUUUUAAGAUUUGAAUUUUUUUUUCAAAAAAAAAAAAACACCGAGAAAGAUGGAGAAACGAGCGGCAGUGGUGAGAGAUGGCGACGGUUUGGUGAUGGUGGUGGUGGGGGGUUUUCCUGAUGAUAUGGAUUACCAAUCAGGAUUCGGCAAUCAUUUCUCAUCGGAGGCGAUCGCCGGAGCUUUGCCACGCGGCCAAAACAGUCCUCUUAUUUGCCCUUUUGGACUGUAUGCUGAGCAGAUUUCCGGCACUUCCUUUACUUCUCCUCGUAAGCUUAAUCAACGCAGUUGGUUAUAUAGAAUCAAACCAUCGGUCACUCACGAGCCAUUUCGGCCUCGUUCACCUACUCAUAAGAAGCUUGUGAGUGAAUUUGACCGGUCCAACACGGUUGCAAACCCUACUCAGCUCCGGUGGAAGCCUGUGGAUAUUCCCACUUCGCCGACAGAUUUUAUUGAUGGUUUAUACACUAUAUGUGGAGCUGGCAGCUCAUUCCUUCGACAUGGAUAUGCUAUUCACAUGUACACUGCCAACAAAUCAAUGGACAAUUGUGCCUUCUGCGAUGCAGAUGGUGAUUUUUUGGUAGUUCCCCAGCAAGGAAGGCUAUGGAUCACUACUGAAUGUGGAAGAUUGGAGGUCUCUCCUGGUGAAAUUGCUGUUUUACCUCAAGGAUUUCGCUUUGUUGUAGAUUUGCCUGAUGGCCCAUCACGUGGUUAUGUCGCUGAGGUUUUUGGUACCCAUUUUCAACUACCUGAUCUUGGUCCGAUAGGUGCUAAUGGCCUUGCUGCUUCAAGGGACUUCCUUGUUCCCACAGCCUGGUUUGAGGAGGGCCCCCGUCCAGGGUUUACUAUUGUACAAAAGUUUGGAGGAGAGCUUUUCAACGCACAACAAGAUUUUUCUCCUUUCAAUGUAGUUGCCUGGCAUGGUAAUUAUGUUCCAUAUAAGUAUGACCUUAGCAAGUUCUGCCCUUACAAUACUGUUUUAGUUGAUCAUGGGGAUCCAUCAAUAAAUACAGUUCUGACAGCACCAACUGAUAAACCAGGUGUGGCAUUGCUUGAUUUUGUCAUUUUCCCUCCACGAUGGUUGGUCGCAGAACACACAUUCCGACCUCCAUAUUACCAUCGUAAUUGCAUGAGUGAAUUUAUGGGACUAAUAUAUGGUGGAUAUGAGGCAAAAGCUGAUGGGUUUCUGCCUGGUGGUGCUAGCCUUCACAGCUGCAUGACUCCUCAUGGUCCUGAUACCAAAACAUACGAGGCUACAAUUGCACGUGGAAAUGAGGCUGGACCCCAGAAGAUCACUGAUACCAUGGCCUUUAUGUUUGAAUCAUGUUUAAUGCCUAGAACCUGUCCUUGGGCUCUCGAUUCCCCCUUCAGGGAUCGAGAUUAUUACCAGUGUUGGAUAGGACUGAAAUCCCAUUUUUCAUGUGAAAAAACAAAUUGUAAAAGCACUGAUUUGCAGAAUGAACUCAAGGAGAAUGAGUGUCAAAGCCACCAUGGUUGAUUUGGUCUUGAAUUGUUAACCUUCGCCUCGGGCUCUUAUCUAGUUGACUACCAAGUGUGAAACAUAAUAAGUAGAAGGCAUAUCGGCUUAUGUGGUAUGUUUGUCUUGGCUCAAAAUCAAUAUAUGAAUGUACAAACUGUGUUUGCUACUGUAUAUGAAGAAAUACACGUAUAUAUACACAUUUGAUCACUGUCUUGAA